GUUCUUUUAUCAACAUGAGGUAAAGGCACAGUUAACCAAUGUCGUCGUGUCCUUGUUCUCCUCCAGUAAUUGAGCAGGAAACGCGCGCUGAAAGGCAAACGGGAGAUAGUGCCGUUAAUGCAAAGAUGCAACUUUGGACGCGCGCCAAAUCCAUUUCUAUCCUUCUCUACACCACACCCCCUCUAAUCAGGCAGCGUCCCCGUUGCCACACCAUAGCCACUCUGAGCCGGCACCUCCAGUUCAACUGCUACUUCCCCAGGCGUUUCGUUCGGCCCCCCAACAGAUUGGUCAGUUUUACUCUGGAAUGGCUUAAGUCUAUUGAAAUGUACUAUCAUGGGUUGACUGGCAAGGUUGUUGAGAUCUUUGAGAACACAUGCCACAUCCGAUAUCACCCGCUGUAUUAUGUACGGCCUUGUCCACUCAUAGUGUAGCUUGACCGGGACUCCUGCGGUUGGUACUUUUUAUCAAUAUGUUCCAUUCUUCCUUGCGGCAUAUUAGUUGAAGUGUGUUGCUCACCUCCAACUGGCAUGCCACGAUGGUUAAAAAACACGACGAAUCUUG